AUGAGGAGUUCCAAGCGCUUGUCCAUCGUCCUCGUCUCCGUCGUCAUCCUGCUCAACUCUCCGGCGGGGUUAUGUGGCUGCUACAAGCGCAUCUUCAGCUUCGGCGACUCCAUCAUCGACACCGGCAACUUCGCGCACGUAACCGGCAACGGGCCGUCCGCGAUAAAGGAGCUCCCGUAUGGCAUGACCUACUUCAACCACCCCACCGGCCGCAUCUCCGACGGCCGCGUCAUCGUCGAUUUCUACGCGCAAGCGCUCCAGUUACCGCUGAUACCACCGAACCUUCCGGAGCAGGACUCGGGGCUGUUCCCAACCGGCGCCAACUUCGCCGUGUUUGGUUCCACGGCGCUGCCCUCGAGCUACUACCGCAGGUGGAACCACAGCGUGUCGACGCCCAGUCACCUGGGCGAGCAGAUCGAUUGGUUCAAAGGAAUGCUGCAACGGAUAGCUCCCGGGGACGGUGACAAGAGACAGCUCCUAGGCGAGUCCAUCAUCGUGUUGGGCGAGAUCGGUGGCAACGACUACAACUUCUGGUUCGGCGCCCGGAGGCCUCGCGAGCAAGCAUACCAGUUCAUCCCGGACAUCGUCGCAUUGAUAGGCUCUUUCGCCCAGGACCUCAUCGGUCUGGGCGCGAAGACGAUCGUGAUCCCGAACAACUUCCCCAUCGGGUGCGUGCCGUCGUACCUGAGCGGGUUCCAAAGUGACAACCCCGCGGACUACGACGAGCACCGGUGCCUUCGGUGGUACAACGACUUCUCCUCGCGGCACAACCAGGCGCUGCUCGACGAGGUGCACCGGCUUAUGGCGCGGAACCCCGGCGUCAAGCUCAUCUACGCCGACUACUACGGCGCCGCCAUGGAGUUAGUCAUGAACCCGGGCAGGUUCGGUAUCGGUGACCCCCUGGUCGCGUGCUGCGGCGGCGGGGGGCGGUACCACACCGACAAAGGGUGCGACAAGACGGCCAGGGUCUGGGGCAUCCCCGGCAGCUUCGCCAGCUGGGAUGGCAUGCACAUGACGGAGAAGGCGUACGAUGUCAUCGCCCAGGGGGUGCUCAACGGGCCAUUCGCCGACCCGCCGUUGCUAAGGAGUUGCUAA